UAGACAGUUCCAGGAUUCGAGAAAGAAAGGAACACCGACUUGUUAGCAAAAUAACAGAUAUUUAUUUUAAUUAACUAUAAUGUGUCUCUACUCUGUGUUUGUCGGAACGUUUACUACUCGCAGGUAAAUUUAAAAUUAAUAAUACUCAUUGUCGCCUGAAUCUUACAUUCUAACGCUUGAACAAAACUUAUAUGUAAUGCGGACCUUAUGAGCUAAUGCUAACUUAAUAUGUACACGCUUGCCUGAGGAGCGGCUAGGAGUGUACGCUUGUCACGCAGGAAACGCUCGAUACGGAACAAAUUAAGUCCGGGGAAUAUGCCUGAGAAAGAUUUAGCAGGUAGAAGCGGGACUCUUGGAGGAGGCCAUCGUCGUUGACCCGAACCUGAUCUUUAAUACUCUCUGAAAUCAAACUAAAUGUUACGGUUCGGAAUACGGGAACGGACGGCAAAGAGAAGGACAGGUUACUGAGUACACCUGGUGCAGGAUAACUAAGAACGUACAGGAAGCCAAGUACGCCCGGCACAGAAGUACGGCGAAAUCGAGAAUACCCGGUAGAGGAAGCCGAGUAUGCCAAGCAAGGAACAGAAGUUGAUAACGCCCAGUAUAAGGAAGCCGAGAACACUCAUAAGAGAAAGCUUUGAGAAAUAUAUCACCGAUGUUAAUAAAAUUUUAUGGUUUACAGCUUUGUAACGACCUGACUUUUCCGCGCACGAGGCGGCGUGAUUUCGUGCGGACGAAGACCCGGAGGUCGCCGAAAGAACUAGAUGCGUGGUUGAUGCUCGAAAUCCCAUCAGAAUAUCUAGGAGAUUCGGAAAUAUCUCUUUUACACGAGCAGUAUUUGUCUCUCGUUGACAGAUUUAAGACAGUUCAUAAAGAAAGAGAAAUAGGAAAAAAGAAUGUUGAAACUACUGUUGAGCUUGCAACAGAUUUACAAGCGAUGACAAAAGAAAAGGAAGCAGUGAUAGCGCGUAUCGGCAAAAUCAAAUCAAAAGCUGAACCCGCGCUGCAUUUAUUAGACACAUGCAGAUUGUUACGAAUGGAAAGGGACAAAGAACGUGAUCUAAUAUCACAGAAGGAGCUGGAGGAAGAGACUAUCUCUGAUUUACAAAAUUCCCUUCAACGGGUCGAACGUGAAUUAUAUACUUUGAAACGCGACAAUACCGGGCUCACACCUCAAAUAUUAAUUCAACAUCUAACAGAAGAAGUGACAGUGCAAUCUGCGAUUGUGAAAGAGAAGCUUCCAUCUGAGUUAAACGCAAAAAAGAAUCGGAUGAGAGCGUUGACGAUAAUCAAGGACUAUUCUUAUUUGGGCCCAGAUAAAAUUGUGACUAUGAGAAACGAUUUAGAUAUGGUAUUAAAAGACAUACAAGAUUUGGUAGAAUCCAAAAUAUCUAAAAAUGAUAUCGAUAAAAUGGGACCGUUUAGACAACAAGCUGCCGCUGUCGGAAAUAUGAAACGUAAUGCUCUUGAACGUUUAGAAAAAAUCGAAAGUUCUUUAGAAGAACUGCAAUCACGAUUAAAAGAAAAACAAAAUCAUUCGAAAGUUUUAUUGGAGACAUCAGUACCUAGAGCAGAAGAAUUGAAAAAGUAUAUCAAUCGUUUAAAGACUAAAAGUACAUUAUAUAAACGCUGUAAAGCAGAGAUAGCUGGUCUAAAAGCAGAAAGUGGUGUACUUCAACGAACUGCAACUAUUCUAGAUGGACAGAUAGCUCAUUCUUACUCAAUGAAUAUCCCAUCUAAAGUAAUAAUUCCGGAAAAUUAUACGCUAGAUCACGCAUUAGCAAUGAAUACUCAAUUAUCUCAUUCGAUAUUAGCUCUGCGAACUAAUCUCACCCCGAUCAUAAAAGAUAUGAAAGCAUUACGGCAAACAGUUCGUGAAACUGAUGAGAGAUAUCAAAAAGCAUGUAAAAGUCAUAACACGGUAGAAAUGAGUAUGAAAAACACGACGAGUGAUUUAUUGUCUGAAACAAAACAUCUAAAGGAUAAAUUAUUACAGGAUAAUGAGGAUAAAAAACGAUUACAACAAAAAAUUUCAAAAAUAAAGAUUACCGAAGAGAGACUACGUAAAGAAGCAGAAAUGCACAACGGUUUCAAUAACUUAGGACAAACAUUAAAACGAGAAUUACAUAAUAUGAUUAUGAAAGAAGAAGAAAUUUUAAGGAAUUUAAACAAGGAACAAGAUAAGCUAAAAGAACAUACUGUACAGUAUGAAAAUAAAACUCAACAAUGGAACCAUAUCAUAUCAAUAUUUUCCUGUAAAAUUCAAUGUGAAGAAGAAAGUAAACAGAUCGAUGACAUAGUUGUACGGAAAGGAGGUGCUGAAACUCUCGUGUUACAAUAAUAUUAAUAUUUAUUUAAUAUUUAUUCGCAUAUUUUUAAUAGAAUGCUAAAUAUUUGAACAUUUUUUAAUUUAGUAAAUAUUUAAAUAUAUCCAAGAAAGUCUGUAUCCAAAUACAAUGUAUCU